AUGUUUGAUGGGGAGCCAGGCACAGGCCCAGCAGCAUCGUCACGGAAUGUGGUGCGCAGCUCCAGCAUCAGCGGUGAAGUGUUUGGUGGUGGUGGGGAGCAGAGUGGGGGCACAGCUGGGGCCAGCACUGCCAAGAAGCGCCGCAGCAGUUUGGGGGCCAAGAUGGCAGCCAUCGUGGGCUUGACCCAGAGAAGCCGGAGCUCCCUGCAGCUACCCCAGCCAGAAGGUGGAACCAAGAAACUACCGAGUAACAUCAGGCGGAGCACAGAGACCGGAAUUGCUGUGGAGAUGAGAAGCAGGGUCACACGUCAAGGGAGCCGAGAAUCCACCGAUGGCAGCACCAACAGCAACAGCUCCGAUGGCACGUUUAUCUUCCCUGCAGCCAGACUGGGAGCUGAGAGCCAGUUCAGUGACUUCCUGGAUGGCCUGGGGCCAGCCCAGAUUGUGGGGAGACAGACACUGGGGACACCCCCAAUGGGGGAUGUUCAUAUUGCAAUGAUGGACCGGAGUGGUCAGCUCGAGGUGGAAGUGAUUGAGGCCCGAGGCCUUACCCCCAAACUGGGCUCUAAGUCCCUCCCAGCCACCUACAUCAAAGUUUACCUGCUCGAGAACGGAGCCUGUUUGGCCAAGAAGAAGACGAGAAUGGCUAAGAAGACAUGUGAUCCCCUGUACCAUCAGGCCCUGCUAUUUGAUGAGGGUCCCCAGGGAAAGGUGUUGCAGGUGAUUGUCUGGGGAGACUAUGGGCGCAUGGACCACAAGUGCUUCAUGGGAAUGGCCCAGAUUGUGCUGGAGGAGCUGGACUUGAGCAGCGUGGUGACUGGCUGGUACAAACUCUUCCCCACAUCUUCUGUGGCCGACCCCACCUUGGGGCCCCUCACCCGGCGUCUCUCCCAAUCUUCCCUCGAGAGCUCGACCAGCCCCUCCUGCUCCUAG